GGUAAUCGGCACUGAAAAGGUAGUUGAAAUCCUGCACAGAGACCAAUCUGAGGAGCCUACCUCAGCUGCUGUGGACAGCUGGGUCUACCGCAAGGUGAACAAACUCCACUGGUUCGAACCACGGUGGCAAGGACCCUUCAAGAUGGUGAUACUUGAUGUGUUAAUAAUAGGGGGUGGCCCUCAUGCCUUGACUCUGGCUAGCUUGCUAUCCAACCCUCACCCUGACCCAGAUCCAAACCCUGCCUCACCCCUCUCUCCCUCCUGUUCGGAUCCUCCUCGGCCUCAACUAAAUCCAGAAACAUCCAACAACAAAUACUGCACUGGCAAAAAGAAAAGGAGGACAACAAAUGCCACUGCAGGCCUGCCACUGGAGGGGCAACUAGCAAAGUCAGCAAUAUCAGAGAGGGUUGUUUACCCCCCGCUGAGUCUCCAAGUGGUUGAUUCCUAUGGAAAAUGGGCUGCUCUCUGGGAGAGCCAGUUCACAGCUUUGAACAUCUCCCAUCUACGCUCACACACACUAGUGCACACAGACUCUCUCAAUAAGAAAGCACUCCAGGAGUUUGUUCUGAAGUGUGAUCGUUCAGCAGAGCUUCACAGUCUUCCAGACCAGGUUUACAUUCUGGACGAAAAUGCAUUUUUCAAUGACAUGCGGCUUGGCAAGAAGGAGAGGAAACGUUUAAAUAUUACCUCAACACUGAAGAAGAGUUUGUCCUUCAGUCUACCGGGAACCAGACUAAGUGUGGAUUUCUUUAAAGAUCAGGUGAAGCGAUACAACUUGGACAAAGUGCUGGUAAAGGGAACAGUGGAGCACAUCACCCCUGUUAUUGACCACACAAAGAAGAGAGUAAAAUAUUUUCAUGUCCAGCUUCAGGAAGGCAACAUCCUAAAAGCCCGCCAAGUCGUGAUGGCAACAGGUCCAACUCGUGCCCAGAUGGCAAACAUCCCUUCAUGGGUGAAAAGCAUUGGAGAGAGCUACCCAGAGGAGCGCCUGCAACACACAGUGUACCUAAUGCACCAUCUGUCAUGUUCUAAGCAAAACCUUAGAGAAUCAAAUUAUCAGAGACAAAAUGAAACUUUUCCCACUAAAGUGUGUGAGGCAGGGCAGAGAGUAAUGGUAGUUGGUGGAGGUCUGACCAGCGCACAUAUCGUCUCAAUUGCCCUGCAGCAAGGUGCCAGCCAUGUGACAUGGGUCAUGAGGAAGCACCUCCAGCUAAAACAAUUUGAUUUGGGUGAUGUGGAGAGCCUGGUCGGCCGUUACUCCCAUGUGGAGCACGGCAUCAAGAUGGAUGGCCAGGCCUACCUACGACAGUUUUAUAAUGAACGAAGUCUCCACAAACGGCUGGUUAUGAUUGGCCAGGCAAGAAAAGGAGGGGCUGUCACCCCAGAGGCCUACAUCCAACUUCAGCCAUUCAUACUGAAUGGACAAGUGAAUGUAAAGACAUACUGUCAGGUGAGUCAAGCCAGCUGGUGCUACAAGAGCCAGGCCUGGAGUCUCUCCCUCAGCACUGGAGACCACUGGACUGGAGAUAUGAUCUGGCUCGCUACUGGCUGCAAACUUGACGUCAAACAGGAUCCGUUACUCUCUGGAGUAAUGAAGGAUUUCCCACUUCAGGUGGUAGACGGCUGGCCGUGCAUAUUAGAAAGCUUACAGUGGGCAGAAGGGUGCCCGCUCUAUCUUAUGGGGCAGUACGCUGCUCUUCAGGUCGGACCUCAUGCAGUAAACCUGGCUGGUGGGCAGGCUGCCAGCAUGCGAAUCGCCAAGGACAUCAUACGUCGUCAGCAAUGGAACAAAGGAGAGGCUUCUGAACUGAGUGGAGAGAAAUGUAAAACUGAAGAAUAUGUUCAGCAGAUGCAAGGCCUAUUAUGGCUUUAA